GUGUCCUGCCGGGGGAAGGCCCAGCUCCGUGACCGCCGUGCGGCAACACCAGCCCGAGUCAGCCCUGCCGUGUGCUGGCGCCGCCGUGCGCCCUGGGGGUCCCGCCGCGGGUGACCCAGGGCUGCUGUGGGGACACGCAGAGCCACGGACUGAACGUGGCAGCGCUACCCUUGCUGAGGAGUUGCUUUGGGCUCAGCGAGUUGCGCCUUUCAGCCUCGAGAAGAGACGACUGAGAGGGGCCCGCGUUCAUGUGCAUGGACAGGGAGGGGUGUCACAGAGCGGGGCCAGGCUCGGCUCCGUGAGGCCGGGUAAUAGGCCAAGGGGCGAUGGGCGGGCGGUGCUCAGGAAGUUCCACCUGCACGUGAGAAGCGAAUCCUUUGCUGCGCACUGACGGCGCUCGGGAAUAGGCUGCCGGAGAGCGGGGGAGGCUCCUCCGUGCGGGUACCCCCGGAGCCGCGGUGCCGGCAGGGGCGCUGCGGGCGGAGGCCGCGCUCACCGGCCCGGCCCGGGCUCCGCGUGCAGCCGCGCGGGCCCCGCCGCCGCCGCGAUGGUGAAGGAGCAGUUCAGGGAGACGGAUGUGGCCAAGAAAAUAAGCCACAUCUGUUUUGGCAUGAAAUCUCCAGAAGAGAUGCGUCAGCAAGCUCACAUUCAAGUGGUCAGCAAAAAUCUGUAUAGUCAGGACAACCAUCACUCUCCACUGCAGUAUGGAGUGCUGGACCAUCGCAUGGGAACCAGUGAAAAAGACCGUCCCUGUGAAACCUGUGGGAAAAGUCUGGCUGAUUGUUUAGGGCAUUAUGGAUACAUUGACUUAGAACUACCUUGUUUUCAUGUUGGGUACUUCAAAGCUGUGAUAGGCAUCUUGCAGAUGAUCUGUAAAACCUGUUGCCACAUCAUGCUGUCAGUGGAAGAAAAAAAGCAAUUUUUAGAUUACCUGAAACGACCUGGCCUGACAUAUCUUCAGAAGAGAGGGCUAAAAAAGAAAGUGUCUGAGAAGUGCCGAAAAAAAACCACUUGUCCUUACUGUGGGGCCUUUAAUGGAACUGUGAAGAAGUGUGGUUUGUUGAAAAUAAUACAUGAAAAGUACAAGACAAAUAAGAAAGUCGUAGAUCCAAUAGUAUCUACUUUUCUCCAGUCCUUCGAAACUGCCAUUGAAUAUAACAAAGAAGUAGAACCCUUACUGGGAAGAGCUCAGGAAAACUUGAAUCCUUUGGUAGUAUUGAACCUCUUUAAAAGAAUCCCAGUGCAAGACAUCCCUCUACUUCUAAUGAACCCACAAGCAGGUAAACCUUCAGAUUUGAUCCUCACACGACUCCUGGUGCCUCCACUGUGUAUCAGACCCUCUGUUGUGAGCGAUUUGAAGUCUGGCACCAAUGAGGACGAUUUGACAAUGAAGCUGACAGAGAUAAUUUUCCUCAAUGACGUAAUAAAAAAGCAUAGGAUAUCAGGAGCCAAAACACAGAUGAUUAUGGAGGACUGGGAUUUUCUUCAACUGCAGUGUGCCCUGUACAUUAAUAGUGAGCUCUCUGGAAUACCCCUCAACAUGGCACCUAAAAAGUGGACCAGAGGUUUUGUUCAGAGACUUAAGGGAAAGCAAGGUCGGUUCAGAGGCAAUCUGUCUGGAAAGAGAGUGGAUUUUUCUGGCAGAACAGUCAUUUCACCUGAUCCUAACUUAAGAAUAGAUGAAGUAGCAGUGCCUAUUCAUGUUGCUAAAAUAUUGACCUUUCCUGAAAAGGUGAACAAAGCAAAUAUUAAUUUUAUGAGGAAACUUGUCUGUAAUGGUCCUGAUGUUCAUCCUGGAGCAAACUUCAUACAGCAAAGGCACACCCAGAUGAAAAGAUUUUUGAAAUACGGGAACCGAGAGAAGAUGGCCCAGGAGCUGAAAUUUGGUGAUAUUGUGGAGCGACAUCUGAUAGAUGGCGACAUUGUCCUGUUCAACCGGCAGCCCUCUCUGCACAAGCUGAGCAUCAUGGCUCACAUUGCCAGAGUAAAACCACAUAGGACAUUCAGGUUCAAUGAAUGUGUCUGUACACCAUACAAUGCAGACUUUGAUGGAGAUGAGAUGAACCUGCACCUUCCUCAGACAGAAGAAGCAAAAGCAGAAGCACUUGUUUUAAUGGGGACUAAAGCAAACUUGGUAACACCAAGAAAUGGAGAACCUCUUAUUGCUGCUAUUCAAGAUUUCCUCACAGGUGCCUAUCUUCUAACAUUGAAAGACACCUUUUUUGAUCGAGCCAAAGCCUGUCAAAUUAUUGCUUCUAUCCUGGUUGGCAAGGAUGAAAAGAUCAAAGUUCGUCUUCCACCCCCAGCAAUUCUGAAGCCUGUAACACUCUGGACAGGAAAACAGGUUUUCAGCCUCAUUCUCAAACCCAGUGAUGAUUGUCCUGUAAAAGCCAACCUACGAACAAAGGGCAAGCAGUAUUGUGGCAAAGGAGAGGACCUGUGUUACAAUGAUUCCUAUGUCACAAUUCAAAACAGUGAGUUAAUGAGCGGCAGUAUGGACAAAGGAACACUGGGCUCAGGAUCCAAGAACAACAUCUUCUACAUCUUGCUGAGGGACUGGGGCCAGGUGGAAGCUGCGGAUGCCAUGUCACGUCUGGCCAGACUUGCUCCAGUCUAUCUUUCUAAUCGUGGCUUUUCAAUUGGGAUUGGUGAUGUAACCCCUGGGCAGGGCCUGCUAAAAGCUAAGUAUGAGCUCCUGAAUGCUGGCUAUAAGAAAUGUGACGAGUAUAUUGAAGCUCUGAACACUGGCAAGCUGCAGCAGCAGCCUGGUUGUACUGCAGAAGAGACACUAGAGGCCUUAAUCCUUAAGGAACUAUCUGUUAUCAGAGAUCAUGCUGGCAGUGCCUGUCUUAGAGAACUGGACAAGAGCAACAGUCCCCUGAUCAUGGCUCUCUGUGGUUCUAAAGGCUCCUUCAUUAACAUAUCCCAGAUGAUUGCUUGUGUGGGGCAGCAGGCUAUCAGUGGGUCCCGUGUUCCCGAUGGGUUUGAGAACAGGUCCUUGCCUCACUUUGAGAAGCAUUCUAAGCUCCCUGCAGCAAAAGGCUUUGUUGCAAACAGCUUCUACUCUGGGUUGACUCCCACUGAAUUUUUUUUCCACACAAUGGCUGGUCGAGAAGGUCUGGUUGAUACAGCUGUAAAAACAGCUGAAACUGGGUAUAUGCAGAGACGUCUGGUGAAAUCCCUUGAAGAUCUUUGCUCACAGUAUGAUUUAACAGUAAGAAGUUCUACUGGUGACAUUAUACAGUUUAUUUAUGGAGGAGAUGGCUUGGAUCCUGCAGCUAUGGAAGGGAAGGAUGAACCACUGGAAUUCAAGCGAGUUCUAGACAAUAUCAGGGCUGUCUAUCCAUGCCGAAGUGAACCAGCCCUUAGCAAAAAUGAAUUGGUGUUAACAUCCGAGUCCAUCAUGAAGAAGAAUGAAUUUCUUUGCUGCCAAGAAAGUUUUCUGCAGGCUUUAACUGAGACAGGUUAUGAAAAAUAUAAUGAGGAAAUUAAAAAAUUCAUCAAAGGUGUUUCUGAGAAGAUUAAAAAAACUAGGGACAAGUAUGGAAUUAAUGACAAUGGCACAACAGAGCCAAGAGUUUUAUAUCAGUUGGAUAGGAUUACUCCAACACAACUAGAGAAGUUUCUAGAGACUUGUAGAGACAAAUACAUGAGGGCACAGAUGGAGCCUGGUUCUGCAGUAGGAGCACUCUGUGCACAGAGUAUUGGUGAGCCUGGCACACAGAUGACUCUGAAGACUUUCCAUUUUGCUGGUGUUGCUUCAAUGAACAUUACUUUGGGUGUGCCAAGGAUCAAAGAAAUCAUUAAUGCUUCUAAGGCUAUUAGCACCCCUAUUAUAACAGCACAGUUGGACAAAGAUGAUGAUCCUGAUUUUGCCCGUCUGGUUAAAGGAAGAAUUGAGAAAACUUUGUUAGGAGAGAUUUCUGAAUAUAUUGAGGAAGUGUUUCUUCCGGAUGACUGUUUCAUCCUGGUGAAGCUGUCUUUAGAGCGGAUUAGACUACUGAGAUUAGAGGUGAAUGCAGAGACUGUGCGCUACUCGAUUUGCAUCUCUAAACUCAGAGUGAAGCCUGGGGAUGUUGCUGUCCAUGGAGAAGCAGUUGUGUGUGUGACCCCUCGUGAAAAUAGCAAGAGUUCCAUGUAUUAUGUAUUGCAGUCCCUCAAGGAAGAGCUACCUAAGGUUGUAGUGCAAGGCAUACCAGAGGUUUCCCGAGCUGUCAUUCAUGUUGAUGAGCAAAGUGGAAAGGAAAAAUACAAACUUCUGGUUGAAGGUGAUAAUCUACGAGCUGUUAUGGCUACUCAUGGAGUGAAAGGAACAAAAACAUCCUCUAACAACACUUAUGAGGUGGAGAAAACUCUGGGAAUUGAAGCUGCUCGAACUACUAUUAUCAAUGAGAUUCAAUAUACAAUGGUGAACCAUGGCAUGAGCAUUGACAGGAGACACGUUAUGUUAUUGUCUGAUCUAAUGACUUACAAGGGUGAAGUGCUGGGCAUUACCAGGUUUGGUCUAGCAAAAAUGAAGGAAAGUGUGUUGAUGCUGGCUUCUUUUGAAAAGACUGCAGACCAUCUCUUUGAUGCUGCCUACUUUGGACAGAAGGAUUCUGUUUGUGGUGUUUCUGAGUGCAUCAUCAUGGGAAUUCCAAUGAAUAUUGGAACAGGACUUUUUAAACUGUUACACAAAGCGGACAAAGAAUCAACCCCUCCCAAGCGGCCUCUGAUAUUUGAUCAUAAUGAAUUUCAUAUUCCCAUUGUUACGUAGAACUUGGACAUAAAACAAG